ACCUAGAAUAAAUUAUAUUUUAUAAAUGACAACCAAUUUUGCUCGUUUCAGUCAAACGUACCGUGUAUGUAUAUACGCAUGUCGGUAUGACAGGUUUCCUAACCUCAAUAAUCGUCAACUUUAGUGCUUGAUAUCUUGGUUCGCGGGGCAGAGCGAUACUUUUUUUUGCCAGAUUUGUUCGUUUCGUGCGAAAACGCGUCGAAUGAGCCUAAUUUCGUUAAAAUUGGAGGCGGUGGGGAUAUUCUAGAUAAUUACCGAAAUGGCAUAAUUUUUCUUUUUCCUUCCCGGAUAAGAAAGAGAGGUUAAGUGUAGCAUAUCGCUUCCACGUGCUUCCACGUCACGUUAAUUAUCUUUUGUUAUCUUCCGUGGUCGUGUCGUGUGAUUGUGUUCACGCGAUCGUUUUUGAGCGCUAAAAUUUUAUACUGCAAGUUCAAGAUAAAUCAAUCAAUCUUCCAUUAUGUCAAACAACAUCAAGGUAGGACUAAUAUGUGGCUCAGGUUUGGGUGAGACUCUACACAAAACAUUUAAUUGUAGUAGUGUUACAAGUCGUGAAAACGCAAAGAAUGAUUUUGGAUGUCCAUCCAGUGAUCUUUAUCACGGUUGCAUUGAUGGAGUAAAUGUAGUGCUACUGGCCAGACAUGGCACAGGGCAUGUGUUUAGUCCUACUGGAGUUAAUUAUCGUGCUAAUAUAGAAGCGUUUCGACUUGCUGGAUGUACUCAUAUACUGGCAUCUACAGCAUGUGGAUCAUUAACAGAGUCUAUCAGUAGGGGACAGUUAGUUGUGCCUGAUAGCUUCAUAGAUAGAACCAAUUGCAGGAAGGGUACAUUCUAUGAUGGAACAUCUGCUAAAUAUAGUGGAGUAUGCCAUAUGCCGAUGGAGCCUGCGUUCGACCCGCGAACAUCCGAUAUCUUACUGCAAGCAGCAAAAAAAUUGGGAUACAACAUAAGGAAGGGAGGAACAGUAAUAACUAUUGAAGGCCCGCGUUUUUCCUCCAAAGCAGAGAGUAACGCUCUGCGUCUUUGGGGUGGACAUUUGGUCAAUAUGACUAUAUGCCCAGAGGUGUUCUUGGCGAAAGAAGCGGGCCUGCUGUACGCAGCUGUAGCAAUGGCGACUGAUUACGAUUGCUGGAAAGAAUCCGAAGAUAAUGUCACUGCAGCCGAUGUAUUGGUUGUAUUCAGGCAAAACGUUGAUAAAAUAACAAAUGUGUUAUUGGAGGCGGUGAAAAUUAUCGGCUGUGGAAAUUGGGAGCAGGAUCUUCUUAAACUGAAGGCCUUAAUUGAGAAUAGCAAUGUGACUACGAAGAAAUAAAUAACUUCUUUGCAAAAUAGAGUGAAAAAAACCAUAACAAAUAUGAUAUCAAAUCUAUAUAAAAUAUAUAAGCUUCCAAUGAAGGCUCCUACGAAAUAUUCAUGCCACGCACACAAAUCUUUAUACUGUUUAUACAAAGGAUUAUUAUAUAAAGGACCAAUUUAUUUUACAAACUUUUAUAAUUAUAGAGAUAAUGAACUUGUAUAAAAUCUAUUAAAUAAAACUGUGUUAUACA